AUGAAGUUCACUGCUGUCCUCGCUGCCACCGCCGCCGCCGUCGUCGGAUCCGCCUCCGCCACGGCCUGCACUUCCACCCAGCAGACCGCCGCCUACGUCGCGCUCGUGAACAUCCUCUCGGAGUCUUCCUUCUCGACGUGCGCGAGCGACUCGGGCUACGCCAUGCUCACGGCCACGGCGCUCCCCACCACCGCGCAGUACAAGAUCAUGUGCGCGUCGACUGCGUGCCAGGAGAUGAUUACCGAGAUCAUCGCGCUGAACCCGCCUGACUGCGACCUGACCGUGCCCACGAGCGGCCUCGUGAUCAACGUGUACGAGUACGCGAACGACUUUGCCUCGACGUGCUCGUCGCUGUCGUCGUCAUCGUCUGCUUAG